ACAAUUUACGCGCGCUUUUGUUAUUUAUAAUUCGUGUACGCUGGGUAUUUGUAUCUGGAGAAUUACCAGCGAUAGAAAAGAUUUUUUGUAGCUUAGUUAUUUUUUAAAUUACUGUUAUAAAUAUUUGAUUUUAAAAAUUCUGUGCUGUAAUAUUUUUAAAUUCGUUGAAAGUCAUGUCUAGCCCUGCGAGAUCAAGUCGAGGACGUCGUCCGGAGGAUGGCUCUCAAAACACCCCGAUGAAGCAGAAUACUGAAAAUGUCGAAACGGAAACCCCACUACGAAUGGGGAGUCGAACUCAAGAAGCUAAUGUCACUGUUGAAAACUCUGAUAACGUAACUGUUCCGACUUCUCCAGCAGUAGGUGGUUCGGCAACUGGUAUGGCACCACCGACUAGUCCAUUUAUUGCGGUAGGUGGCAGUGGAACUGUUGGAAUGAGCGAAAUUGAUAUCAGCUCUCCAUUGAAUUAUGGAACACCAAGUUCAAUGGGUUCUAUUCGUACACCACGAUCUGGAAUACGUGGAACUCCCAUGAGGCAACGACCAGACUUACGCGCUGAUAGACGUGUGCGUCAGGUAAACGUUGCAUCGGAUCAACUUGAACCCAUAGCGGAAGGUAGUCAACCAUCUGAAACGGAUUCGGCAACUCCAAAUCAACCUAGACUAGUUGUUUGGGGAACGAACGUUGUUGUAUCUGAAUGCUUGAAGAAAUUUAAGGAUUUUCUAUUAAGGUAUAUCGACCCAGAUGCAGACCAAGACGAGAUAUCGGAAGGCAUGAAUUUAAAUGAGCCUUUAUACAUACAAAAGAUGGAAGAUAUACAUACACUUGAAGAACCAUUUUUAAACAUCAACUGUUCCCAUUUGAAAACCUUCGAUGAGGGUCUUUAUCGACAAUUGAUAUGCUACCCACAGGAUGUUAUUCCUACCUUUGAUGUGGCGGUCAACGAAAUGUUUUUCGAACGGUACCCUGCAGCUGUGCUGGAGCACCAGAUUCAGGUGCGACCGUUCAAUGCAGAGAAAACACGGAGUAUGCGAGCAUUGAACCCAGAAGACAUAGAUCAGCUGAUAACUAUAAGCGGAAUGGUAAUCCGCACCUCUAACAUCAUGCCUGAAAUGCGAGAAGCUUUUUUCAAGUGCAUUGUCUGUAAUUUUAGCACAGUCGUUGAGCUUGAAAGAGGAAGAAUUUCCGAGCCGACACUUUGUUCUCAUUGUAAUACAAAUCAUUGUUUCCAGUUGAUUCAUAAUCGAUCACAGUUUGCUGAUCGGCAAAUGGUGAAACUUCAGGAAGCACCAGAUGAUAUGGCAGCCGGUCAGACUCCUCAUAACGUACUGCUAUUAGCUCAUGACGAUUUAGUGGAUAAAGUUCAACCUGGUGAUCGCGUCACUGUGACGGGCAUUUACAAAGCCAUGCCUAUUCAAGAGAAUCCUCGCCAGCGCAAUGUUAAGUCUGUCUAUAAGACACACAUAGAUGUGGUACAUUUCCGUAAAGUCGAUGAUAAAAGGUUAUACGAACAGGAAGAGGGCAAAGACCACAUGUUCCCACCCGAAAGAGUUGAACUUUUGAAGAAACUGUCGCAGAAACCGGACGUGUAUGAUAGACUAGUACGUACCAUCGCUCCAUCUAUAUAUGAGAAUACUGAUAUAAAAAAAGGCAUUUUGUUGCAACUAUUUGGAGGUUCCAAGAAAAAGCAAGCUACUUCUGGUCGACAGAAUUUCCGAGCAGAAAUUCAUAUCUUACUGUGUGGAGAUCCUGGUACUUCUAAGUCGCAAUUAUUGCAGUAUGUGUACCAUUUAGUUCCAAGAUCACAGUAUACUUCUGGAAAGGGAUCGUCGGCAGUUGGGUUGACUGCUUAUGUGACAAAAGAUCCGGAAUCUAGACAACUUGUUUUGCAGACCGGUGCAUUAGUUCUCGCUGAUAAUGGAGUUUGUUGUAUUGACGAAUUCGACAAAAUGAACGAUUCCACCAGGAGUGUUCUGCAUGAAGUUAUGGAACAACAGACGCUCAGUAUCGCCAAAGCUGGUAUAAUUUGUCAGUUGAAUGCUCGUACAUCUAUUUUGGCGGCAGCAAAUCCAUCAGAAUCUCAGUGGAAUAAGAAUAAAACUAUCAUCGAUAACGUUCAAUUACCUCAUACUUUGAUGUCAAGAUUUGAUUUGAUUUUCUUGAUCCUUGAUCCGCAAGACGAAGUUUUCGAUCGACGCUUGGCAGCUCAUCUCGUCUCAUUGUAUUAUGCUAAUCGAGAGGACGAUGAGGACAGUUUAUUUGACAUGAGUGUUCUUCGUGACUAUAUGGCUUAUGCAAAGGAGCACAUAAAUCCGGUUUUAUCGGAAGAAGCACAGCAACGACUUAUACAGGCUUACGUUGAUAUGCGAAAAGUAGGUGCUGGACGAGGUCAAAUAUCAGCCUACCCGAGACAACUUGAAAGUUUGAUUCGUUUAGCCGAAGCUCACGCAAAGGUGAGACUUAGUGAAACUGUGGAAGUUGUCGACGUAGAGGAAGCUUGGCGACUGCACCGCGAAGCGCUCAAACAAUCGGCAACUGAUCCAUUGUCAGGAAAAAUCGAUGUAGGUAUUUUGACUACUGGUUUGUCAAGCGCUGCUCGAAAGAAACGAGCUGAAUUGGUUGCUAGCAUCAAAGAAAAUCUCAAGGCCAAAGGCAAAAUUUCGACCUUACCUUAUCUAAAAUUGUUUGGAGAAAUAAAAGAAGCAUCACAAGUGCUUGUAACGAAGGAGCAAUUCGAAGAUGCCCUGAAGGAAUUACAAGAUGAAGGCGUUAUUGUUAUUGUUGGCAACAAUACUAUCAGGAUAUGUUAAUUAACGUUUAUCGGCGAAUGGCACAGGUUGCCUCUGGAGGGAGCUACUCAGCAUCAUAGGCUACUUCGCAGACC